CACUCUUCACCAAUUUCAAAUUUCCGAUUUAGUCGUGUUCUACACUCUUCGAAUCAAGUUUUGAAAAUGUCUGGCCGCGGAAAGGGAGGCAAGGGUUUGGGCAAAGGAGGAGCUAAGCGUCAUAGAAAGGUCUUGAGAGAUAACAUUCAAGGUAUUACAAAGCCUGCAAUUCGCCGUUUGGCUCGUCGUGGUGGUGUUAAGCGAAUCAGCGGUUUGAUUUAUGAAGAAACCAGAGGCGUUUUGAAGAUCUUCCUUGAGAAUGUCAUUCGCGAUGCUGUUACUUACACUGAGCACGCCAGGAGGAAGACGGUGACCGCCAUGGAUGUGGUUUAUGCCUUGAAAAGGCAGGGAAGGACUUUGUACGGUUUCGGAGGUUAGGAUUUAGACUAAUCUUAUGGAGGAUUGUAGAUCUUGGCUUUAGAUCUGGUUUCUUUCUUAGCGUUCAUAAAUCUUUUCUCUUUUUUUUAGGACUUCCUGUAACCUAGCUCUGUCAUUCAGAAAUUGAAAUGUUAUUGGUUGAAGAAUUAUGAUAUGAAUUUCUUAUAGUUCUUUUGGUCAA